CGUCAAAACCGCGCAAAUGCCCCGUCAAAACCUUUCAUCAUAGGUCAAUUGACCUGGUAUAAUUAUCGGUUCGCGACAACACCUCACAAUUGCUCGCAUCACAAGUCUAAUGUCUAAUAUGCUGUCUCUUGCGCUCGCGCUGGUAGGAUCAGCCUCGGCUUUAACAUUGCCGACAUUCCUCCAAAGCCAGAGUCAAGCUCAAUCACCACUUCGGCCUCUGGACCAUUCGCAAAACUACAAGUUUGAUCCUUUGUUGCAUCUCCCUGGUAUCUCGCCAUACUUUGAUGCAGUCGGUUUUGGUCUCGAGCACCAACCUCCCAUCGGCUGCAACGUCACCGCCGCAUCGUACAUCAUCCGACACGGUGCCAUCUACUCCAACGACGCUGAAUACGAGGAAUACAUCAAGCCUUUCCUCUGGAAGCUCGAACAACAUCGCCAAGGAUGGACUGGCCCAUUGGCCUUCAUGGAGAAGUGGCAGUCCCCAAUCUUGGAAGAUAGGUUGGAGGAACUGACACCCUCUGGCGCUGUGGAUGCUGAGCUGGUAGGCAAGCAUCUGUUGCAACGAUACCAUCACCUCGUCCCAGACACGAAGAGGAUAUUGGCAGACAAGAAGAGCAGGACGUUUGACACGGCUGAGAACUUUGUCAAGGCGUUCCCGCAAAAGGACGACAUCGAGAUCGUCAGGAUUACGGAAAACACAAAUGGAAGCAUGGAGAGCUUGAUUCCACACAAGUCGUGCAAAAACUUCUCCAAGAAACCUGGUGAGAAGCAGCAGAAGAAGGUCAUCGAUCUCUAUGGUGCUAGCGUCGCGCAUCGCCUCUCGCCUUACACACCGCUCAAGCUUGAGCCCAAGGAUGUUGUCGGCUUCCAAAUGCUGUGUGGUUACGAGUCUGCUAUCAAGGGCGAGCGAAGCCCCAUCUGCGAGCAAUUCACAGACUCGGAAUGGAUGGCGUACGAGUACGCAUGGGACCUGAAAUAUGCCUACAUGGUCGGUCCUCUCAACCCUCUCUCUCCUUACCUCGGUUUCCCGUGGCUCCAGGCUCAAUCUGAACUUUUCGCACACAUUGAAAAGCAUGACACACCCGGCGAUGGCUGGCCCGAUCAGCAGCGCUUCUUUCUCGGUUUCACUCAUCGCGAAGUCCCGCCUUUCAUCGCCACUGCUCUUGGGUUAUUCAACAGCUCUUCCGACGCCGCAGAGCAGUUUCCCACCGACCACAUCAACUGGACGCGUGCAUGGAAGAUGAGCGACCUGAUUCCCUUCCUUGGCCACGUUGGUAUGGAAAAGAUGACCUGCGAGCGUGGUGGCGUUCAUGGCGACGAGCCAGGCACCUAUGUAAGAUUCAUUGCUAACUCUGCACCAAGGCCAAUUCCUGAUUGCCAGGAUGGUCCCGGUGCGAGUUGCGAGUUUGGAAUAUUUAGAAAAAUCAUUGGAAAGGGCGCAAAGUCUCACAAGGACUUUCACAAGGUUUGCGAUAAGAAGAAGUGCAAGGACGCUACUUGUGUAGAGGAGGAGGAGGUAUAGGGAUUGCGUUCCGCAUCGACCUUUGGAGGACGGGCUGUAUAUACAUCACCCUUGGAGUCUGCAAUGCUGAUUACAAUCACCUUACGAAGAAGUUGGCCGAUGUGUUUUCCCCUCUCUUUUCGCAACUUUUCGUAACGUUCAGGAACAACG